AUGAGCGAAGUGACUACUAUUGGAAAGAUCCACCAUGUUAAUGUGGUGCAACUUGUUGGCUUUUGCUUUAACAACUCUAAACAAGCUCUCCUGUACGAUUUCAUGCCAAACGGAUCUUUGGAUAAACACAUUUUCUCUAAAGAUGGGGAUGAUUCUCUUGAUUUUAAGAAAAUAUAUGAGAUAUCUCUUGGUGUGGCUAGAGGGAUAGAAUAUUUAUAUCGGGGAUGUGAUAUACAAAUUUUACACUUUGACAUCAAGACUCACAAUAUUCUUCUAGAUCAAAAUUUCACCCCAAAAGUUUCUGACUUCGGGCUUGCAAGACUUUAUCCUGUGGACCACGACAUAGUGUCAUUAACCGCUGCAAGAGGAACCUUGGGAUAUAUGGCUCAUGAGCUAUUCUACAAGGACAUUGGUGGUGUCUUGUAUAAAGCUGAUGUCUAUAGUUUUGGAAUGUUGCUGAUGGAAAUGGCAAGUAGGAGGAAAAACGCUAAGGCAAAUAUUGAGCGUUCAAGUCAAGUUUAUUUUCCUUUGUGGGUUUAUGAUCAACUCAGCAAAGAAAACGAGGUUGAAAUGGAAGAAGUAGAAGGGGAAAGGGAGACAUCGAGGAAGAUGGUAAUAGUUGCCCUUUGGUGUAUACAGUUAAUCCUUGAUGAUCGGCCAUCAAUGAGUAGAGUCCUGAGCAUGCUUGAAGGAGAUAUUGAUAUAUUGUGA